AUGCCUAAAACUAAACCGAAGAAAACGGACGGGAAUAGCGAUGACGACAAGGCGAGGACAAAGGACACGAGACGGGACACGUUUAAAGAGCCGAUCCACGGUGUUCGGACGAGGAGCUCUGCGAAGAGCCCCACGAGCCCCACUAGGGGCGACAUCAGGGCAGCUCUAAGAGCAGAAGGCGAGGCAUCCCUGCGUCGAAUGGCCUCCCCUACAGGCGCCGGAGCUACCAGGGCUGCAGAGGUGGGUAAAGGGAUUGCCCCAACCCCCGGGACCUCUAAAUGGACCGCAGGGACACCCUCCGCCGAAAUGGCGUCCAUGCUAAAGGCGGCACAGGAGAGCACGGAAGAGCGGUUCAGACGAACACGGGAUAACCUGGCGACCACGAGAGCUGCGAUGGGCCUACCUCCACCCACGGACACCACGAUGGAGGAAUGGGACGCUCUAAUCGAGCAGGAGGUGGAAAAGAGAAAGAAAAGGGAACAGGGCGACGAAGGGAAGAAGGAAGAGGACGUGGAAAUGAAAAAGGAACAGAGUGGAGAGUCGGAGCUCGGCGAGGCUACAGCCGACGAAGCCGAGGCCGCUCUGAAUAUUCCGAAGAGGAAGAAAACACAGACGGACAACCUCCCCCCAAUCGAGGCUAUCAAAGCCGAGAUAAGAGAUCUGUCGACCACCGAUCUCUUUGCAAGGUCGUACGAGCUGCAAGAUCGGAUUCGAUACGUUGCGGAUCACAGCUCAAAUUUGAAGGGGAAUUUUAAGCGCGAACUUCGACUUUGCGCUAAAAUUACAAAAGUUGUAGGCGAAGAGUUGCACGCCCGGUCAUACGCCCCGACGGACGUUCGGCAACUUAGAGUGGACAAUUCGACCCUUCAAAUGAAGGUCGCAGGGCAAGAAGCGACCAUUGCCACGCUUAAGGCCACAGUGGAAAAGCUAAGGGCUGAGCUGGACGGACUGAGGAUGGCCCCACCCGCGGCCAAGAAGCCUAAGAAAGAAGAGGAACCUUCUCUCCGACGAGAGUUGGAGAAGAUGGAGGAGCGUAUCAUGCUCCGUCUCGAGGGUACGAUAAAGAAGAUGCUCGGGAAACCGAGAGGGGAGGCCCAGGCGCCCUUGGUCGGGACUCGAAGUACCCCUUCACGAGGACCGAGUACCCGAUCCGGGAAUGCCUCAUUGAUGAGCGACAAAGGACCGCCGGCGAAAUCUUUAACUUUCGCCGAGUGUGUUCGUAGGGGGUUGAACACGAGGCCAAGGAGGGCGUUGGUUUCGUCAACCCCAUACGCGACUGACUCUGAGGACGACGGGGAAUGGAGGAGAGCAACGGGCCGUACACGCUCGGCAAGGAGCCUCCAGGCGUCCACCGACGCGGGCGGGACCACCUCUGGGACGGAGGGCCCCAGAGGCACAGAAAAGAAGAAAAAGAGGAAGAUUAAAAAGAAGGGACAACCGAAGGUGGGGCGUGUUCCGAGGAGUUCUGCCGUGUCGGUCACACUGGUCCCUGGCACUGGGACCACUAUGGCCGACACCAUCAAGGAGGCUCGGAUGAAAAUUGAUCUUAGCGGCUUAGGCAUAGGACCCGGGGAGCUAAGACCCAAACGGGCUAUCACUGGGGCCAUGCUCCUCGAGGUAAUCGGGGAGAAUACGGAGAGGAAAGCCGCCGCACUGGCGACAGAAAUGCGGCAGGUGUUUCAAGACAGGGCGGACCUGCGAAUCGCGGUGCCACAAAAAAUGGCCGAGGUGAGGGUCACGCGGGUGGACGAGUCCGUGACCUCGGAAGAGAUUGCUGCGGCAAUUGCCGCCAACGGAGGCUGCAAUAUAGGAGACGUCAAGGUGGGGACGAUCAAAUUCCCCCCUUACGGCAUGGGCACGGUAUGGGCUAAAUGCCCAAUCGGGGCAGCAAAGAAGGUGGUAGCACUGGAGCGGCUGAUGGUCGGGUGGUCGGCCACGAUAGUGACCCCACUCGAGGCCAGACCGCUCCAGUGUUACCAGUGCCUGGAAUUUGGGCACGUGAAAAUGCGAUGCCCAAAAGCAAAGGAGGCGGCAACACCGAAGUGCUUCCGUU